AUGGCUGCGGAAUCCGAGAGGCCGCCUUACCUUAAUGGCGCCUCUGCGCGAUCCAGAUUGGCCAUGUAUGCAGCAACUUCCGAUUCUGUGCAUCGGACGGUCAGCGAGGGCGAUGUCGCGGAGAAGUCACGUCUGGCCGUUCAAUCUCAACCUCAGGCCGUGGGUCAGAUUCCAAAGCUCCUUCCAAUUUUCUCCACCACCACCUCCGGUUCCGUCUCCACCACUACCUCCGCCGUCUCCUCGCGUGAAUCCUCCCCAGUCCGAAGCUCUUCACGGGCCGCCAGUUCGUCCUACGCUAGCCUAGGUCUUUCUCGAUCUUGCAAAAGCAGUCCAACCCGAUCAUCCACCAACGGCCAGUCCUCGGCAGCUCCUGUGCCCAUCUCCGCCUCACCCCUUACCCCUACGCAUCCCAUCGACACACAGCUCCCACCUCCCGCGCCUGAGCCCCCAGUCAAUGUCCUCAGCCCGGAAAAGUCCAACAUGCCAGCAUGGGCGGGCAAUCGUCGUACAGAUCAAGCUUCUACACCACCGAAUACCUCCCAUAAACGAACCCAGUUGCCGUUGGAAGAGAGUGGAAAGACGGAGAGAAAUUCUCCACGCACGGUCACGAGGGGUCCCAGUGGACAAGGACCUUCCCUGGAGACAGUCCAGGAGAUGACCAGUAAUCCAUCAACUCCGUCAACUGAGACUGCAACUAAGCCGUCCACCCCGGACGACUCACGCUUGCACACGAUUGAUGAGGACCCGACCCCUCGAGCCUCACGACAAAAUAUAGAAAGUGGGAGUGACAGCGGGGGCAACCGCAGCUCCAAGGAAGAUAAACCCAAUGCUACUGGCAUAGGCAAAUCCUCUGGGACUGUUAUACCAAAGCGGUCGAUGACCUCGUUGAGCGGCGCCCGUGCUAAGCCGAGUGAAGGGUCAGUGCGCAACAUGAUCGUGGAGACCGAGACAGUCAGUUCAAUACCUCAAGUCUCUUUGGGAGUUGGGUCUGGCGAUCGAGGCAACGCCGGUCGCGCCGAUCAAGGUACUUUGCGCAUGAAGCCUUCAACGGAGACCAUUCGGCCUCGCAAGGAAAAGAAAAAAUCUCGUCGUCCCAAUGCGCUGAACACAGGCCCCGCGUCGACCAAAGCGGAUAUCUUCGAAGCCAAGGUUGCAAGUGCCGUGGACGAGGCCGAUGUCUCUGACUCUGAUGAGACAUUUGUCUAUGAAUCUAAUCCCCCUGACCCAUAUCCUCCUCGGCAACCCCGCUACCACUCCCGAACGCCCAGCGCCACCUCCAUGGCGAGCCAAGUGGAUCAGCUAGCUGGUCGUGCCCGUGGUGGUCUCCGAGAUGGCGCCCACAGCGUGACCGGCAAGCGCAGCAUGAAGUUCACGAACAGCGAAUUUGGGACCCAAGGAAACCGCAACGGUACAAUUAACCCCGGCAGUGGGACGAUCACUCCUCGGCACCAGCACAUUGGACGUCAUGGCCGGGGCGGGAUACUACACGCUGGGCUCUUUGACCACGAGCAGCCUCAUCCGCCGCAAAGCGGGAUGAAAUCACCUCGACAUUUUCUGGGCCAUGUCAACCGACAUUCGCGAAACGGUAACCCUCGCUCGUCGCCCAAUUAUAAGACCAUUGGCAACAAAAAAGGGGGCGAAUCGUUUGAUUUCGACGCUGAAGGAGCGGAUGAUGAACGCACCCCAUUGGUGGGCGCGCGGCAUAUGAACCGCCGCGCUGGUCGACGCCCAGGCAGCGCCAGCUUGCGCCAGCUAGAAUAUAUGGAACGCCAACGCGGGUUCUUCUCUCGUUAUGGGUCAUGUGCUGUGGUUCUGCUGUUACUCCUCAUCAUUACUGGUGGUGCCGUCUCGUUCGUUAUCGCCGCGACCAAGACCCUGUUGGACGUCCAGGUCCUUGCCAUUCAAAACGUGCUUGCAUCUGAGCAGGAAAUCAUGCUGGAUCUUAACGUGCGAGCUGUGAAUCCUAAUAUUUUCCCUGUGACCAUUGACGACACUGACAUCAACAUAUUCGCCAAGAGCCGAUAUGUUGGAACGGACAAAUUCUGGCGCGAACACGGCCAAGAUGAACUUGAUCAGUUCCCGCGUGUUGAGCAAAGCCGGAAACGCUGGCAGUUGACUCAGAUCGUUCGAUGCCUGGGCAAUAUGGAAUGUGUGGAAUCCGCAAGGUCUGGUCUUUCUGCAUCGAAGAAGUCCAAAGACAAAGACGGUGUUGAUCACGGCACCGAUCCCAUUCCCGAUCCCGAAGGCGAUCCGCGAUCCAUGCUGCUCGGCAGAGUAUUCCGCUUUGACUCGCCACUUUCCUUCGAAGCGUCUCCGUGGGGACAACAUCAGUCGACCUCUAUGGGGCAAAUUCGGCUUGCCCGUCCUGGUAACAAAACCGAAGAAGGCGGCACUGAGCGCUGGGAAAAAGUUCUCGAGCAUCCAUUCGAGUUGAUCGUCCGCGGUGUUAUCAAGUACCAAUUACCCCUCAGCUCGCACUAUUACUCUGCAUCUGUCAGCUCAAGCGUGAAGAUCGUUCCCGACGAGGAUAUCCAUGACCCCGAAGAACUUCAAAACCUACCAAACAAUGAAACUGUCCGAAUCUCCUUCACCAGGACAACCACUCCCGUCCUCCGCCUCGCGGACGCCGAUGCUCGCGAGCAUCAAUCGGGACUUUCUCAACGACAAUUCACGGCCUGA